AUGAAUUAUCCAUCACUGCCAACCUCUCCCAAACCCACCAUGUCUGUUUCCGCUUCCCACCACCCCAACUCCGAUCAAAAAUCAGACCAGAGCUACACAUCCUCUCCCCAGAGAACCCUCGCAGCCCCCUCAAUAACGCCAACAACAUCCUCCUACCAAUCCUCCAGGCCUCUCAUCGACCCCGGCUACGGCUACCCUCAGUCAAGCACGCUCAGGACAGCAAGAGCAUGGAGCAAAACAAAGAAAUUCGUCUCGUCGCUCGGGGAGCCGCCAACCGCCGGAUACGAGAGGCAGCAAGCGGCGAAGGGCAUCACGACGGAUGGGAAGGACGCUCUUGGAGCCACCGACUACGGCCCGUAUCAUGCUGGGGGGCCAUUCGGUGGACGGACCUGA